UUUUCUCGGGACUUUGCUCGGCGCAGAACGCACGCGUUCGGCCAAAGCCAUGGGUGGCCCCUGCCGCAUCGCGCGGCCAGGAGAACCGCAUACCCAGGCGCCCAAAUGCACGGACAACUUUCAGGUUAAACCCUUCAUGUUUGACGGCCGGGAGUGGGAGUCGGUGGAGCAGUGCUACCAGGCCAUGAAGUUCCCGGACGUCGCCAUCCAGGAGAAGGUGCGAGCCAUCAAGAAGACUGCCACAGAAAAGGACUCGUCCCAUGGGAUGCGUGUGUGGUCGGAAGGGCAGCGCCACAAGGCUUUUCGCAAAGAUUGGGACGCCGUGAAGGUGGAGGUGAUGUAUCGCGCCAACUUGGCCAAGUACCUGCAGCAUGCAGAUUUGCGGGAGGCGAGCGCCACGACCAGUUGCUACGCACUGGAAAUCGCAGCCCAGGGAAACCUUGAAAAUUGA